AUGGGACGAAAGCCCAAUCCGCUUAUCCUCGAAUACUUUGUCCGCGGGGCCAAACUCAACGACAACAGUAACCGCUAUCAACACACCUGCAAACGAUGUGGCGAAAACUUCCCAAAAGGCCGAAUCGACAGCCUGACGAAUCACAUCACCAAGAAAUGCCCUGCCAUUUCCGACUCGGAUCGCAUGCGCGCCUGCCUUGAGCUUCACGGCAUCACCAGCGCUCGCGCUGCUGCUGCCGAACGACAGAAUAACGGAAAUGCUCCUAGGGGCGCGCGCCCCGUCCCCUCCAAUGUUUUGCCGGCGGAAUGGAGUGCCUUGGAGACUUUGGCUGAAGCCUCUCGCCAGGUUGAUCUUAAUGAGAACAACCGCGUGCCACCCAAAGGACAAGAUGCUACCACCACCGCAGAUAAUGCGCAUGUGAAUGGCAGAUUCGAGCUACAAGAGCAGUUCACCCUCGACAACCCGCCAGCCGGCUACGAAGAUCGCAACACGUCCUCAGCCAAUGGCAAGCGGGCCACCCACGAACCCGAAUCCGACCCUGCGAAUGUCUCCAAAAUCGACUUCAACUUGGAUGUUCCUCACGUGUCGUCAAAUGGUGUGGAGCUGUCGGCUGAGGAGAGGUUGCAGGCACUCUUGCCUGCGACUGACUCCUCUCCCGACGCGUCCAACAUUUCUGUCGCCGUUGCAGCAGCAGCUCGUCUGAACCCUUCAUUCCUCGAUCCUCAAUUAGUCAACGCCGAAGAAGACGCUCCCGCCACGCCUCCUGCUGCCGAGUCCAACCCCAUGAUCGACGUCUCCCCACCGGCUGCAAAUGACGCCAACAUCGCCCAGCCUUGGGGCGAAAUGACUUACCUCACGGCUACUGCCGCUGUCCCGCUUCUGGCGGAGCAUCAGACACCGCCAGCGCCUCUCAAUCGGGGCGGCGUGCGUAUGGACACUAGUGAUGCCUCGAUACUGGGCAGGCCUCGCCAUUCCCGAUCCAGGUUCACCCCAGCACGUCGGAAAGAGGUGCAAGAGGUUCGAAAAAUCGGUGCCUGCAUUCGAUGUCGUAUUCUUCGCAAGAACUGUGGAAAAGGAAACCCGUGCGAUACGUGCAGAAAAGUUCUGGCCCCUCGUGUGUGGCGGACAGGCUGUGUUCGCACGCGACUGCAUGAGCAGCUUGAUCUGUACUCAGCGGGAGUCCAAGUGGUGCUGUCUCAGAACCGCAUCAAUCUUCUCAAAGAGCAAUUGCAACUCACCAACAACGGAAGCGUGAUUGAAGUCUCUCAUUUCCCAGAAGCAGAGAAGCGCAUUGUCCUCGGCACAAUGGAGGCGCUUCUCGAGCCAAGCGAGAGCCAGGCCGAAACCAGAAACAGCACGGAACCAUUCCGGCAAGCAAUCAUGAUUGACCAGGAUACAGAGGACAUUCCCAGUAAAAUCGAGUCCUACAUGCGUGACGUCCUGCCCCUGUUUAUCGAACGAGAGCCUUCUAAAUUCACCCGCAUCACGCUGGAGACUGCUCUGGAGCAGCAAGGCAUCGAGGAAGACGACCUCUUGAGCAAGGCGCUCGAGCUGUGGGGUCUCGUUGAGAGCAUCGAUCGCGAGAGACAGUGGACGAUUCUGGAGCGUCCCGCCGAGGAGAACAUUGAGGCGCGCUGGAUCAACGAGGCGCAAAACGAAAACGACGCUGACAUUUACACUAUGAUUUGCAUGCAGCUCAACGCCGCGGCCGAGCGCAAGGCUAACGGCACCUCCAAGAGCCUCCUUAACCACAUGGACCGCCUGCUCACCGAUAGCAAGACCAAAGUCGGCUUCCGAAUGUUCCUCACGGCGCUCAUCUUCCUCACCUGCGUGGAAAAGUCGACAUGGGCGUUCAAGGCCUGGGAGCAGGACCACCUCCGCCCCGGCUGGCCGCUCGAGCGCGACCCCAGCGUCUUUGCCCAGCAGGGCGGCAACCUCGCCGGCCUGCUCAAGAUGCUGCUCGCCAUCCGCAAGGCGCUGCCGCAGACGAUGCGCGAUGACAAUGGCAAGCUUGCCGCCGCGCAGGGCCAGGACCCUGCCAUUGUCGCCUACUUUGAAAAACUUGAUUUGGAGUACGACUCGAUUGAAUCGCGGCAAAAGGGAUCUCAGUUCUCUCCCGCAGACUCUCGUUCUCUGGAACUCAUGUUUUGUUCUCAUCUUCUCCUCCCAAACUCACCUGCAUAA